UAAAUCCUGCGCGUGCUGUCAAUGACGUUUGAAAUUAGAAUGAACAGAAUCUUUCUAAACUCAUUCUUUUUGAUCGCUUUUGCAACUCUGCUCGUUUGCAUUCUGCUCUACUGCAAGUACCAAAAUAUUUCCUCUGCUCCGCUGCACUCUUAACUCAGUUGAUCUAAGAGUCCGAUAUAUUAAGAUUGCAAGUCUGUCUGCAAGACUGCGCGAUUAUCCCGGCUCCAGAAGAUUCAGCUGGUUCCCCAAAACAAAACCAUGCUGUUCACUGCCAGUCUGGUGAUGUUAUGGUGGUACUCCACCUGGGUGAAAGGUAAAUCACCGAAUACAGUGAAUCAGGAGGACACCGAACAGAUCACCAGAAAGAAAACCGAGGAACAACUGGAGUGGCAUUUCACAGAAGGAUCUGAAUCUAGUACUACCUCUGCAGGUGACUCUGAGGUGAACAGUGCUCCUGAGACCGUCAUUGUCCAUGAGACGGAGGAUGCACCUGAGACCGUCAUCAUCCCUCAGAAGGACAGUGCACCUGAGACUGAUAGUGCUACUGAGAUCGUCAUCGCCCCUGAGAUGGAGAGUGCUCCUGAGGCUGACACUGUCCCAGAGACAAACGGUGGUCCUGAGACCAUCAACGUCCCUAAAAUGGACCGUGUACCUGAGGCUGACACUGUCCCUGAAGUAGACAGUGUCGCUGAGUCUGUCCUCGUCCCUGAGACGGUUAUUGUGACCGAGACCGCCAUCAUCCCUGAGAUGGACGGAGCACUUGACACUAACACUGUCCCUGAGAUAGACAGUUCACCUGAAACUGUUAUUGUCUCUGAGAUGGACAGUGAGAAGGCCAUCAUCCCUGACUUUGUCCUUGAGACUGAAACUGCCUCAGAGAUAACACUGCCCUUGAGACUGAAUCUGUCUCUGAGACUUUCACUGUCUCUUCAGCCUCAAACUGCCUCUGAGCCCGAAACUACCUCUGAGACUGACCUCCCCGUGAGACUGGCCCCUGCGUCUGAGAAAGACACUUCCACUGAAGGGGACAUCUGUCAAACUAACACUUCCUCUCAGAUUAAGUCUGCGUCUCAGAUUGAGUCUGCCUGA